AUGGAGCCCUUGUCCCCAGGCCAUUUGUGGCAGAUCCUGGGCUCCAGGGAGGCAAAGCUUCUCUGCCUCUGCCAUGGACAAGCUCAGUGGGAGCAGGCCCCGGCCCAGGAGGAGGAUGAGGAGGAAAAUAAGUAUGAGCUGCCGCCCUGUGAGGCUCUGCCCCUCAGUCUAGCCCCUGCCCACCUUCCUGGCACUGAGGAGGACUCCUUGUACCUGGGUGAGGGCUGGGAGGUGCCAGGCCCUCCAAAGAAACCUGAUGAGGACCUCUACUUGGAAUGUGAGCCCGAUGUAGGAAGGAAAUCGUCUUUUCCCUCUGUAGCCCCAGUUGGGAGCACCUCCACUGCUGAGGACAGUGACCUGCUGGCUCAGCCUUGGUACUCAGGGAAUUGUGACCGCCAUGCUGUUGAGAGUGCCUUGCUUCGCUUGCAAAAGGAUGGGACCUACACCGUGCGCCCCAGCUCAGGACCUCAUGGCUCCCAGCCCUUCACCCUGGCAGUACUUCUCCGAGGCCGGGUCUUCAACAUUCCCAUCCGGCGGCUGGAUGGUGGACGCCACUAUGCCCUGGGCCGGGAGGGCAGGAACCAUGAGGAGCUCUUCUCCUCCGUGGCCACCAUGGUCCAGCACUACAUGCGGCACCCUCUGCCCCUUGUGGACAGACACAGCGGCAGCCGGGAACUCACCUGCCUGCUCUUCCCCACCAAGCCUUGAGGCCACAGUGAGGUACACACGGCCUUUGGCCCC